AUGUCUACCACCACAACAAUGUCUACAAGCGCAAUCGCCAACGAUCUCUUCGAUAAUCUAUUCUCCACCUAUUUGCAAAAUAUCAUCUCGUUGGAAUUGAAUAAUCAAAAAAUUAUCCAAUUACGCUAUCAAUUGGCCAAUUCGGAAGAGAUAAAACUCAACGCAAACCCCUCCGAUAAUGUUUAUUUGUCUUGUAAGCAUUGUAAAAGGGACGUCUCAUCAAAUAGAUUUGCUGCUCAUUUGCAAAGGUGUUUGUCAAGGGGGGCUAGACGUUAG